UGGAUACGAGCUACUUAAAAUUCCUUAAAUGCGCGGGAGAACAGUUCUCAAAUAUUUUCAUUAAUUAUUUCUGCAUUAGUAAUUAUAUGCAAUUAUUUUUUUUGUUUAAAACAGCUAAUGAAUCAAGAAAAAGUGUAAGGUAUUAAUUCGAUCGUUUUCCGGGAAGACGUAAUUGAACUUUAUGGUUGGAUGCAUCCUAGCAAAAGAAGAGUUAUUUACUACACAAUAUUUGCAACUUCGUUGCUUUGGAUAUGCGGAACUAUAACGUUUUUAUUUUUCGACGAUAUAGAAGUAACACUAGCUGUAAAAAGGAAAACGCUCGAAGCAGUUGCAGAACAAUAUUCCAAUUUAAACUCUGAAGCAACAAAGGUAAAAACGCAGACAUAUAAAAACAAUCUCCAGUAUUCAUUAGAAAGUGCCAACAAGCAGCUGCUCAUUUCGACAGAUAUUCACAAAAUGAGAGUAGCUGAUUAUGAAAGUUUUCUUGUUCCGAGAGAUUAUCAAUUACCAGGAGAGUUAGGAACAGGUGUAACUGUAGAAGAGAACGAAAAGGAAAAAGAAAAGUUAGGAUACGAGAAACAUGCUUUUAACCAAUUAGUUAGUGAUAAAAUUUCCAUCCACAGAAGUUUAAAAGAUUACAGGAAUGAUCAAUGUAAAGUUAAGAAAUAUCCUGUUGAUUUACCACCAACUUCAGUGAUUAUAUGCUUUCAUAAUGAGGCUUGGUCGACAUUAUUGCGCACUGUGCAUAGUGUCAUAAAUAGGACACCACCCCAAUAUUUAAAAGAAAUAAUUCUUGUAGAUGAUGCAAGUACUAGUGAUGAUUUGAAACAACGACUUGAUGACUAUAUUCCAAAUUUAAAAAUUGUCUCAAUUGUUCGAUUGCGUGAUCGCCAGGGACUAAUUCGUGCUCGUCUUGAAGGAGCUAAAAAAGCAAAAGGACCAAUACUUACUUUUUUAGAUGCACAUUGUGAAUGUACACUUGGGUGGGCAGAACCCCUACUAGCAAAAAUUAAAGAAGACAGGCAGAAUGUAGUAAUGCCAGUCAUUGAUGAAAUUAGUGAAACAAAUUUUAAUUAUAACGCAGUACCUGAACCUUUCCAAAGAGGUGUGUUUAAAUGGAGACUGGAGUUCACUUGGAGACCUAUACCUUCUUAUGAAGAGCAAAGAAGAAAGCACGAGUCUGAUGGCAUAAGAACUCCUGUAAUGGCUGGAGGUUUGUUUUCAAUUAAUCGUGAUUAUUUUUAUGAAAUGGGAAGUUACGAUACUGGCAUGGAUAUCUGGGGUGGAGAAAAUAUUGAAAUCUCAUUCAGGAUAUGGAUGUGUGGUGGAUCAAUUGAAAUGCUUCCAUGUUCAAGAGUGGGCCAUGUGUUUCGACCAAGAUUUCCAUACUCAUUUCCGAAUCGACGAGGUGGAGAUGGAGAUGUGGUAAGCCGAAACUUAAUGAGAGUUGCUGAUGUUUGGAUGGAUGAAUAUGCUAAACACUUUUAUAAUAUAAGGUUUGAUUUGAAAAGAAAGAAGCAUGAUGAUGUCACUGCUCGAGUAAAACUUCGUUCAAAGUUGCAAUGUAAAAGUUUUCAGUGGUAUUUGGAGAAUGUUUAUCCAGAACUUGAAAUUCCUGAUGAUAAAUUUCUUGCUGCUGGUGAAAUACGCAAUCCAGAAAGCGGUAUAUGCUUAGAUACUUUAGGGAAGCAAGAAGGAGCGCCAGUAGGAUUGUAUGCUUGUCAUGGUCAAGGAGGAAAUCAGUAUUAUACGUACAACAAUAAAGGUGAAAUAAAAGCGGAAGAUAAUUGCAUGGAUUUUAACGGUCACGAUCUUUAUAUUAGAGAAUGCGAUGGAUUAGGUUUAAAUCAAAAGUGGACUUACAAGAACCAGCGUAUUUUAAACGAUCGUUUCAAUAUGUGUUUGCAAAUUAAAGGAACUAAGUAUGCAAGUGUAGGACCAUGCCUUAAUGUAAAAUUUCAGGAGUGGUCAUUUAACAAAAUUGAUGACAUGGCAAGGUGAUAAAUAAUGAAAUGUUGAAAAAAGAAAGUGAUGCAAUAUGUUUAAUAUUUUAAAAAUCAAUAAUAAAUUAAAAUAGCAAUGUUUCUCCAGCUUAC